GCGAUGAUAACAUGUUGACGCUAGCGGAAUAAUAUAAUAUGUCGACAGAAAGUGAAGACGAUUUUGAAAGAAAUCGUGACUCUUCUCCCAGCGCUAGUACAGAAAUAGUCAAAAAUACAAUGAAUCAAGGAGAAAACGUACAAGAGAACAACCAAGGACAAGCUCAACAACAACAGUCUCAAACGUCGAUUUGGAAAUCGAUUUUAAUGAGGAUGUUUGUGUUCUGGUUAAUCUCCCAAUUUUUCAAAAGUAGACAAAACACCAGCAGUAACCCAGCGGGCAUCAAGUCAUCGCACAAUCUCUUUCCGACUGGAUCACUUGUGGAUCUCUGGGUUUUUCUCUCUCCUGAUAAUGAAAUGUUUAAGGAAAAACCAAUAAAUUCAAAUAAGAAGUUGAUUUGGUUUUUAAAAGACCUAAAUGUUGGUAACUGGACUACGGGCCCUAACAAUGAUGGUUCUUAUGUAUUUCACUAUCAAGUGAAAACAUCUGAGGAAGUGCAGAAUAAUGGAUCAUUAUAUCUUCAUGCUUUCAUUACUAAGUCUGGGGUCUCUCCUGAUCCAAAUUCAAAUAAUCAUAAAGAACAAGAUGUAGUUGGAAGCACAAAAUUAAUGACAGUUUAUCGUAAAAGGAGAAUACAUCGAACAAAAAAUUUAUUGACAGGAGAAGCAGACAUUCAACGUGAUUCUAAAACUGGUGAUAAAAACACUCCAGUUGAAUUAAUAUCAUAUUGGCAUUCUAACCUUACAAUAAACCUUUUGGAUGAUCAAACACAAUGGACAAAAGGAAGUGUACCAUCUCCUUUAGAUGAAUUUAUCAAGUUUGAUGAAAAGACCGGUGGUUACUAUCCUGUAUUGUACCUCAAUGAUUACUGGAAUUAUUUUAGUGACUACAUGCCUGUGAAUGAAACUACUAAAAUUUUAGAUCUUUAUCUUACAUACUCGCCACUGUCCUUGUUCAAAUGGCAAAUGUAUGAAUCUCAAAGAAUGAGAAAGAAAUGGUUUGCUGUUUUUGGCGAUGACUUCCAGGACUCAGAGGAAGAUCAAGACUCAAUGAAGAAAACCAUGGCAGAGACCAAUCCAUAUUUGUUAGGAUUAACUGUAGUGGUAUCUCUAGUUCACAGCGUGUUUGAAUUCCUUGCUUUUAAAAAUGACAUCCAAUUCUGGCGUUCCCGCAAAUCACUGGAAGGAUUAUCAGUUCGUUCAGUUUUCUUCAAUGUUUUUCAGUCAUUGGUUGUGUUGUUGUAUGUUUGGGAUAAUGAGGCGAAUACGAUAGUUAUUAUUAGCUGUUUUAUUGGUUUGCUUAUUGAAAUAUGGAAAAUUAAUAAAGUUGUCGAUAUUAAGGUCGACAGAAGUAAUCCCAUAUACGGGUUUAUACCACGGAUUAAUAUAUCCGACAAGCAAUCAUAUACUGAAUCAUCUACUAGACAGUACGAUACGAUGGCAUUUAAAUAUCUUUCGUGGCUUUUAUUUCCUUUAUUAUUUGGUUAUUCCAUUUACUCUUUACUCUAUCAAGAACACAAAGGCUGGUACUCUUGGAUUCUUAGUAUGCUUUAUGGUUUUCUUCUAACGUUUGGUUUUAUUAUGAUGACUCCCCAACUGUUUAUUAAUUACAAACUCAAAUCUGUGGCCCAUCUCCCAUGGAGAAUGCUCACUUAUAAAGCAUUGAAUACCUUCAUUGAUGAUCUUUUUGCCUUCAUUAUUAAAAUGCCGACUUUAUAUCGUUUGGGAUGUCUACGUGACGACGUGAUUUUCUUUAUAUAUCUCUACCAAAAAUGGAUAUAUCCUAUCGAUUACAAACGGGUAAAUGAGUUUGGUGUAACUGGUGAAGAUUUGCAAUCUUCAGAUGUCAAUGACGAUGGCCAAGCUAAUGUGUCAAAUGAAAACUCUGAAAACGGAGUUGUUCAUGCCAAAAGUGAAUGAACUUUUUAGUUAAUAUUCUUGAUAUUAAUGCAUAAGACAAGCAUAAUCUUUGAAAUAGGAGUUUUAAUUUGUAGUGUAAUUCAUAAAAUAUUUUCUUUGGGCUGGUAAAUUUUCGAUAAGUGUCUGAUUGUUCUCAGGUGUGCAUAAACACGUGUUUACUGCUGUUUUACGACCAAUGAGUGAUGAGUAUGUAUUAUUUCCACCAAUAACAUUGCUGUUCUUAUAA